GCGGGUUCGGUUGCGCCUAAAGUUUCUAACAUAACACUUCGGGAUAUUUUUGUCAGCUACGAUGUAGUUGUUUUUGUGUAAAAAGACAUUUGUCCAGUUGCUGUGAUGAGGCGUGGAGAUCCUCUCCCACAAGCCUUUCAGGCCCCAGUGGAUGUACAUGCCAGUGCGGAUGGCCAAGUGUACAUGUUCAGACAUAGACAAGAAAAACUGGACAACUCAUCUGAAGAUGAAGAACUCAAUGCGAUGGAGCUCUGGCCACGAAGCAGAGAGUCAUCCUCAUGGGAGAGAGAACGAUCCGAAGUGCUUUUGCUGGAAAGAGACGUCUCCCAUGAGGACAAUCUCAACAAACUAGCUCUUCAAUAUGGAUGCAAGGUGGCAGACAUAAAAAGGGUGAACAACUUUUUUCAAGAGCAGGACAUGUAUGCACUGAAGUCCAUCAAAAUUCCUGUAAAGAAGCAUGGCUUGCUAACAGAGCACAACUUUGAGCUCAGGGACCCUCAGCAAAGAUCCUCUCAUGAUGCUUUAUCACCCAGUCAGCAUCCGAACGGUGCUGAAACGAGCAUCUCGGGCAGACCUCAGGUGCAGGAGUUCACCAACUUUCUUAAAGAAGUGGACAGUGACAUUGAACGUCUUAUCCAAAGCACAGACCCACCGGAAGAGGUCUUUUCUGGCAGCUCCACGGGAUCUAGACGAUGGGGAUGGAGAAAUCAGGGCUUGCGGAGCUACGGUGCAGACUGGGGGAUCCAGUGGUGGAACGCUCUGGUUGCUAUGUUACUAAUCGGUAUUGUAUUACCUAUAUUCUAUGUGGUAUAUUUCAAAACUCAAGAAAGUGCUGAAUCUGUAGUGAACAAUGGAGUGGUCAAUAUUUCAGUGCCUACCUCAAACAGUACACUGAGCAUGAACCCUGGGAAUAUCCUAGGAUACCACCUUGGGGAAAAGCAAGUAUGAGCGUUAGAAAAUAUUGUGGUGCCUAUAUAUUUCAUGGUCUUAUGUGUAUAUGCAAUUUUUUCUUGGGUACUUUGCAUAUAAACAUGGUAUUUGAAGUUGACAAGGUGCGUUAGCCAAUUUAGCCACAAUUUUAAUGGUAAAUAUCAUGUGUAGUGAAGGCACAAGAGGCUGUUCAUUAUUACACGUCACACUCCUUAGCUAUUGUAAUUGGUUUAUUAAUGGGUGCUAUUUUAAUUUAAAUUAAAAUAGUAUAACUUCAAAAAAAAUGUAUUAUGACAGUUUUAAAAUGUCUUUAUAUAACAUAUCUAGGAUAUGUUCUACUUUUAUCAUAAUAGAUAAUUUUGCUGUGGUUUUGCCUUUGUAUGUCAUUUCUUGAAUACUUAUUUGCAAAAAAUGCAAAACUCACCAGUGUAUUUAUACAAACUACAGGAAGAUGUUUUGGAAUAUUGGUCCUGUCUAACUGAAUGGUAUUUCAUGCUAACUCAAAUCCAUGUCUGUUUAUUAUUCUCAGCAGAACUGACUUUUUUAAUAGUACUAUGGUGUCAGCAGUGCCAAAGAAUGGAUGUUUUAAAUCUUUGUUUCUGCCCAGUCCUUGGAAGUGCAAUAAAUGAAUAUA